CUUUCGGCUUUUGGUAACGCAACGUCACAUCCGGUCUCUUUCGGGCUUCGCAGGGAUCCAACAUGGCGGACACCGGUGCGGUGGAGACGCUCCUACGGCGCAUUGAGAAGGCGGACGACGGCGUGGACAGCGUCGAAGCGGCGAACAGCCUCCAGGUGGACCACCAGGUCAUCGUCGGAGCCGUGAAGAGUCUGCAGGCUCUCGGCGACUUGAUCUCAGCAGAACUGCGGUCCUCCAAGCACUGGGAGCUGUCGGGUGAGGGCACGGAGAUAGCCGAGCAGGGAAGCCAUGAAGCCCGGGUCUACGGCUCCAUCCCGCCGGAGGGGCUGGCCCAGAGCGAGCUCAUGAAACUGUCCUUUGGGAAGAUCGGCUUCAGCAAGGCCAUGUCCAACAAGUGGAUCCGAGUGGACAAGGCACACGAGGGCGGCCCGAGGAUAUUCAGGACGGUGGAGAGCAUAGAGGACCAGGUCAGAGAGAAGCUGCUCCUGGUUCAGAGUGGCAACUCCUCUCAGCUGGAAGAGAAAGAGAAGAAUGAGCUGAAGAAGAGAAAACUGCUCACUGAAGUGACGGUGAAGUCGUACUGGAUCACUAAGGGCAGCUCCUUCAGCACCACCAUCACCAAACAGGAGACGGAGCUCACUCCUGAGAUGAUUGCAAAUGGCAGCUGGAAAGAGAAGAAAUUUAAGCCCUACAACUUCGAGGCCAUGGGCGUGGCCCCUGACUGCGGCCACAUGCACCCGCUGAUGAAGGUGCGAACACAGUUCAGGCAGAUCUUCCUGGAGAUGGGCUUCACAGAGAUGCCGACCAACAACUUCAUAGAGAGCUCUUUCUGGAACUUCGACUCCCUGUUCCAGCCCCAGCAGCACCCGGCCAGAGACCAGCACGACACCUUCUUCCUGUCCGACCCAGCACUCGCCCAUGAGUUCCCUCAGGACUACCUGGAGAGAGUGAAGAAGGUCCACUCAGAGGGAGGCUACGGCUCGCAAGGGUACAAAUACGACUGGAAGAUAGAGGAGGCUCAGAAGAACAUCCUCCGCACUCACACUACGGCAGUCAGCGCACGCAUGCUGUAUAAACUGGCACAGCAGGAGAAGUUCACCCCCGUCAAGUAUUUCUCCAUCGACCGUGUGUUCAGGAACGAGACCCUGGAUGCCACCCAUCUGGCCGAGUUCCACCAGAUCGAGGGCGUGGUGGCCGACUACGGGCUCACACUGGGAGACCUCAUGGGCAUCCUGCACGCGUUCUUCACCAAACUAGGAAUAACCAAACUACGCUUCAAGCCCGCCUACAACCCGUACACGGAGCCCAGCAUGGAGGUGUUUAGCUAUCAUGAAGGACUAAAGAAGUGGGUGGAGCUGGGGAACUCCGGGGUCUUCAGACCAGAGAUGCUGCUGCCCAUGGGUCUCCCCGAGGGCGUGUCUGUCAUCGCCUGGGGACUGUCUCUGGAAAGGCCCACCAUGAUUAAAUACGGCAUCAACAACAUCAGGGAGCUGGUGGGACACAAGGUGAACCUGCAGAUGGUCUACGACAGCCCUGUAUGUCGUCUGGAUUCCUGAGGAUCUCCGAACCUUCAGGACGCCUCACCUCCAAGUAUCACCCUAGUUGUUGUUACCGGUCCCAGCUCGGCCAGAAAAAACAGUUGGUCUAACAGCGACCGCAGCAGAAUGAGUCUCUGUUUCUCCCCAAACAACUCUUCACACAGACCACAGGAAGCUGUUUUUCAAAGGCCUUUUAACACAUAUGAGCAGCUUUUGUAUGAACUCAUUACUGGAAAACAUGAGCUUUUUUUUUUUUCUUUACAUCACCUUGCCCCAGUUUCUACUUGUACAGGAAAAGGGGUACAAUAAAAUGCUUUUUUCCAAAUUCCAGUACAA